GGGGACACGCGGGUUUAUAAAGCGUCCCCGGCCCCGCGCGGGUGCGGGAGCGGCAUCGGCACCGGGCGGGAGCGGGGCUCGAACCCUCGGCGCUCGGGUGCGCCCCGGGAGCCCCGGCGGGGCCACGGCAGCCCGCGGGCCAUGGAGCUGCCCGUGGAUGUGCCCAUGGAUGUGCCCAUGGAGCUGAGCACGGUGCUGCCCUCGGUGCUGCCCUCGGCCGCCGCCACCCCCUGGGGCAACGGCAGCGCCUGGGCCCCCCUGCCCGGGCACGGGGGCAACGAGACGGGCCCGCAGAGGGCCAAGAACGCCACGUCCAUCCUGAUCGCCAUCGUCAUCACCGCGCUCUACUCCGUGGUGUGCGUGGUGGGGCUGCUGGGCAACGUCCUGGUCAUGUACGGCAUCGUCAGGUACACCAAGAUGAAGACAGCCACCAACAUCUACAUCUUCAACCUGGCGCUGGCCGACGCGCUGGCCACCAGCACGCUGCCCUUCCAGAGCGCCAAGUACCUCAUGGAGACCUGGCCCUUCGGGGAGCUGCUCUGCAAGGUUGUGCUCUCCAUUGACUACUACAACAUGUUCACCAGCAUCUUCACCCUCACCAUGAUGAGCGUGGACCGCUACGUCGCCGUGUGCCACCCGGUCAAGGCCCUGGACUUCCGGACGCCGGCCAAGGCCAAGAUCAUCAACGUCUGCAUCUGGGUGCUCUCCUCCCUCAUCGGGGUGCCCAUCAUGGUCAUGGCGGUCACCAAGACAAAAGACGGGAUGGUGCUGUGCACCCUGCAGUUCCCCGACCCUCCCAUCUACUGGGACACCGUCACCAAGAUCUGCGUCUUCAUCUUCGCCUUCCUGGUGCCCAUCCUGGUCAUCACCAUCUGCUACGGGCUGAUGAUCCUGCGCCUGAAGAGCGUCCGCCUCCUCUCGGGCUCCAAGGAGAAGGACCGGAACCUGCGGCGCAUCACGCGCAUGGUGCUGGUGGUGGUGGCCGCCUUCAUCAUCUGCUGGACCCCCAUCCACAUCUUCGUCAUCGUCUGGACGCUGGUGGACAUCGACAAGAAGAACCCCUACGUGGUGGCCAGCCUGCACUUCUGCAUCGCCCUGGGCUACACCAACAGCAGCCUCAACCCCGUCCUCUACGCCUUCCUGGACGAGAACUUCAAGCGGUGCUUCCGGGAGUUCUGCCUGCCCUUGCGAGCCCGCGUGGACCAGAACAGCUUCUCCCGCGCCCGGAACACCACGAGGGAGCGGGUGUCCACCUGCACGCCCUCGGAGGCCCCCAACAAGCCGGCAUGACUAGGCGUGGGCAGCCCCCAGCGGGGCUGCCAGGGACGCGGAGGGGACGACCUGCGCUCGGAGGUCACCCAGGUCACCACCACGGAGUUCUGAGCAGAGCGGUGGCACCGCUGGGUGACGCCCCGGGGGUCGUGCCCACAAUGACUGCAAAGACUUUGGUCAUCCCGGAGAAGCGGGGUGGGGGAACUGGGACUCGCCAAGAGGAGUAAGGAGAGGAUCGGGACAAGAGGCAACCUGGGCAGAGCUGCUCUGCUGCUGCUCCCACCUCAACCAAGGCCACCCAACAAGGGCUGUCACCCUCCCAAACGUGGCUCUCUGCAGAGCCCAGGACACCAGGACUGCACUGUCCAUGUGCUUCACCUCCUGGGCCGAGGUGGCACCAUAACCCAUGGCAAGAGGGCAAACGCUCCCGUCGCAUAAGGGGGCUGUGCCAGGGGGUGAUUGUAGGACCAUGGAAUCAUUCAGGUUGGAAAAGCCCUCUGAGAUCGUGGAGUCC